AUGGCUGAUAAGUUUCUUUAAUUAUCAAAUAAUUAUAGCUAUCAAUACUCCAAAAAAACACAAAAAUUCAAUGAUUAUGCUUAAAUUUCACAGAGAUUCUAAACUGAUGUUUCACCUUAGCCUAAAUAAAUUAAUGUUACUUACAAUUCUCCUAGAAAAUUGAUGAAAACUACAUGUGCCUCUUUUUUUGACCAAUUUUAAAAAUUUCCAAGUCCUAAACUCACUGCUUACUAGACAUAUCUUUAAACCAUAUUAUAAAACAAGAAUGAAAUAUAAGCCAAAUAAAAUUAUUAGCCUUCCUUUACACUACAUAACAUUUAUGGAUAAAAAAUUAAUACUUAGAAAUAACCAAAGGAUGCAAAUAAACAAAUCUCAAACUAACAAUAAAAUAAGUCCCUUUGUAAAAUUUAGUUAAAAAAUCCGACCAAUUCUAAUUCAUAGUAUCAUUCUCCCCGCAAAACCAGAGUAUAGAUUAUAAAAAACUAAUCGAAAUUGAUUCAAAAUAUUAAAAUAGAACCUGUCUAAGAGAAAUCGGUCUAGUAAUAGCUUAAUACCAAAAUAUAAAAUAUUGAUAGUAAAAAAAUUUUAACUUUUGAUGAUAAUUUUGAUGAUGUUUAACCAUGGAAUACAUCAGAUUUAAACUAUUGA